AUGGCUUCAUCUCAAACACCGUCAGAAACGCCACCAUCUCAUGAACAAGCAUCAUCAGCACCUCCAAACCCUGAUCCUACCACUAAAAGAGUUUAUAAUAAUAGAGGAAAGACUGAUCCAGCUUGGGGUUAUUGUAAACAAAUUGUGGAAAAAACAGGGAAAAUUUCUAUGAUGUGCAUAUAUUGUGACAAACCUGUUAGGGGAGGUGGGAUUAAUCGAUUUAAGUAUCACUUGGCUGGAAAAGGAGGAGAUGUUGAGAAGUGCAAAAAAGUUCCACCUGCUGUUGCUCAUCAAUUUGGGCAAAAUAUUGAAGAAUUUAUGAAUAAGAAAAGGAAAACUCAAGAAAAUUAUGCAGAAAGUUAUGGAGCAUGUGAUGAUGUUGAAAGAGAAUUUGAUAGAAUGGAAGAGCUUGAAGCACGACAACAACAACUCCAACAUUCAAGGACAAGGUUGCCACCACCUGGAGCUAGGAAAGGGAAAAAACCUAUUGGAAUAGAGACUUUUUUUCCAUCUUCAACAACACCUGGAGCCCAACCAACGAUAAAAAGUGUAUUGCAAAGUAAAGAAAUUGUGGAAAAAUGUGACAUUGCCAUUGCAAAGUGGAUGGUUGAUGCUUCUGUGCCAUUUAAUGCAGUCAAUUUAGCAUAUUACCAACCAAUGAUUGAUGCUAUUGCAAACAUGGGUGCAGGAUAUAAAGGUCCAAACUUUGGUAGAGUUCAUGGGUAUUUGUUGAGUAAGUUGGUGGAGGAUGUGAAAAAGAUGAUUGAACAGUAUCGUAAAAUUUGGAAGCGAACUAGAUGUACUAUCAUGGCUGAUGGAUGGACUGAUCGUUGUACGCGAACUUUAAUUAACUUCUUGGUUUAUUGUCCUAAAGGAACUAUCUUCCUAAAGUCUGUUGAUGCUUCUCAUGCCUCCAAGACUGCUGAAUUAUUGUUUAAGCUUUUUAAGGAUGUUGUCAACUUUGUCGAUCCUGAAAAUAUUGUUCACAUAGUGACGGACAAUGCUGCAAAUUAUGUUGCUGCUGGAAGGUUGUUGGAAGCUGAACUCCCUAAGUUGUAUUGGUCUCCUUGUGCUGCGCAUUGUAUUAAUUUGAUGUUGCCAGAUAUUGGAAAGUUAAAUGAAGUCAGUGAGACAGUUUCACAUGCUUCAAAGAUUACUAAAUACAUAUAUAAUCAUUGUCAUCCACUGUAUCUUAUGAGGAAGUUUACCAGUGGACGAGAAAUACUUCGUCCAGCUCCAACUCGCUUUGCUACCAAUUUUAUAGCUUUGCAGAGUAUUCUAGCUCAAAAAGAUGCAUUAAGAGCUAUGGUAACUUCUAAAGAAUGGACAAUCUCAGCCUACUCCAAAGAAGCUAAAGCUAAAACAUUUGUAUAUCAAGUUUUAGACUCUAAGUUUUGGAAUCAAUGUACAGAUGUUGUCAAGCUUACUGAGCCACUUGUUCGUGUGCUUCGUAUGGUGGAUAGUGAAGAUAAACCUGCAAUGGGUUCUCUUUAUCAAGCUUUUAAUAUGGCUAGAGAAGAGAUGGUGAAGAGGUUUCGACGAAGAAAGAAGAUUGUGGAGCCUUACUUGAAGAUUUUGGAUACUCAAUUGAAUAUUAAGUUGACAAGUGAGAAGAGAAUAUAUUCUAAUGCUGAAGAUGAUUUUGGAAGACAAUCUGCACUGCGUGAACGAAGCACAGUGAUGCCAGAUUCACCGCCGUUUUUAACUCCUGAAGAGGUUGAUGCUCUACGAAAUGAUUUGGCAAAUAUGUCCAUUGAACCAACUUUGGAUGAUCUUGAUCAAUUAAAUUUAGAAGAUGAUCAAGAUAAUAAUGGACCAAGUAACAAUGCUAUGGAAGAUAUGGAUACAAAUCAAAAUGAGGGAAAUGUUGAUCAAGCUUCUAAUUUGCCCUAUGAAGAUGUUGAUGCCGACUUUGAGCUCACCCCUUGGACUUGA